AUGCUUGAUGACACUGCCGACAACCCGUGGGCUAGCGCUGCCAAUGAUGCGGCCAAAACGUCCCUGCAAGUGACAUCGACGGAAGCGACACCCGAAGAGGAAGAAGAAGUGGACCCCGACAGCUGCGGUUUCAUCACACUCUAUCAAGUAAUGCAAGUGUGGCACUUUCUGGAUAUUGUGCUGGGAGUUGUGAUUUUGAUUUAUGGUUCCGUCAUGGCUCAUUCCGCCUCUACGGUCGCCGUGGUAUUUAUCAUUGGCUCUGGAGUUGUCUUGACGAUUCGUGGUCUCAGCGGUGCACUGUCGCUGGGAACAGAAGACAUGUGCCACCGUUGUGGCUUGUCCUUCUCGGCCGGUGCCUCUCCCAUCAUGGCCUGUACAUGGUUUGUCUUGAUGUUCAUCAACUUGAUCCUUCCGGGUCAUGUCCGAAAAUACCUCGAAGAACAUCACAUGCUCUGGAAAUUUCUACAGAAUUGGGAAAAUUCACACAAAUUCGCACUCACACUACUCUUAUUUGGAGUCUUUCUUUUGGAAUGUGUACGAUGGCAAUUGGUCUUGAACUUGCAACGAAAAAUUCACAUUCUGGAAGCCAUGGAGGACGCCAGAGCCAGUGCGAGGGCAGCACGGCGCAAUCGAAUGGCGGAUCGACCAUGGUGGUUUUCUUCCAACAACGCACCGUCCGAUCCCAACGACCCCUUGACGGAUGCUUUGCUGCCUGUGACGGCCGAGCGACAUGAACCGCGACAACAAUCUACUGGCUGGUCCUUUUUGGGGAGACCCAAGCGCACCCAUCGUGUCAGUCAAAAUGUACGAGAAGAUGCCUCGGUCGAUUUUGCGUCCAUUCAAGAUGAUUGGGCCAGCCGUACCGAGGAAGACCCGUUCUGGUGGAGCCGAGAAGACGAUAGCACCGCACCACCCACAGAAGAAGUGUCGUGGACCAAGGACAGUAGUAAAAAGUCACCAACGAGAAGGUGA